AUUCAAAAUUAAUUUUCUCGAAAAUAAUUUACUGGGAGACACAAAAAAUACAUUUUCAGUUUUGAUGCUGGUGGAAUAGCACGAAAUUAUUGUGAUUGUCCACGGCAAAAUAUUAUCAAUUAUUUUCGGCCACUGCAAAAGCUUUGGAGCAAAAUAAUUUAAAAGUAAAGAUUAAAGUGAAAAAAAAAACACAGAAAGAAAAAAAAUACAAAUUAAAAGACAAAUAUUUUUAUUCUGUUGCUAAUCAUUAAAGAAGAAAAUAAGUUAAAAGGUGACAUUUAAAGUUGUUCUGCAGAAACAUUAAACAUCUUUUAUUCAACUUUAAAUCCCGUCAGUUCGUAAUAUUGAUCAAUCAGCAACCUAAAUCCAGCGUCUGGAAUUGCAAAAUUCUUGAGAAAUACAAAAACAAUAUUCGAUUUCUUUUAUGUAAAGAAAAAUACGAAUGAGAUCCAAGACGAUUCACUAAACAUUAAACAUUAUUCUAGAACCUUUCAUGUGUGUGUCUAAAGGGAGUUAAGCAAGAAAAUAAAAACAAAAGCAAAAUUUUUAUUAGCCGAACACAUGAAAACGAGAAGCCAGCAAAAUAAUCAUCAAUUUAAGUCAGCAAAACAUGAUAAAAGUAACAAUACAACAACAGAUAGAUAAAGCAAUCCGGUUUCGUGUUAUCAAAAAAUAGAAAUUUAACCAAGUAACUUAAUUUUACCAUCCCUCGUUGAGGAGCGACGUGAGUGCUGAAAAAUAAAACAAAAAAUUCAAGACCAAUAAUUGAAGGCUUGAAUUAUAUUUAAUUUAAUUAGUGCUGAAAAGAAGAAGAGAAAAAAACAAGAAUCAAGGACGUGAAAUGAUGAAGUCGUUAGUGUUGCUAUUUUUGUUGGGUGUUGCGAGAAAUGGCGGCAGCAUUUACACGCGUGACUCGAAAUCAGGGGAAAAGCAAAUCGACUUCAUCAACAACGGCGUUGUCAAUGCAUUUGCUGGCCUUCCAGUCACACCAAAGAGUGAAGCAAAGCUUGAUAAUCUUUUGGAAAUCUCCGAUGCCAAUCGAUACAUCACACUUGCAUUUUUUAACGUGUCAUGGACUGAUAGUGAUGGAGGAAAGUGGGAUAUGGAUUCAGAAGAACGAAGCAAGUAUGGAAUGGGACGUGUAAAGGACGUACAAGGUCGGUUAAUUCAUAUCACUGAUGCAAAUAACCCGCAAGAUCAUUCAGGGUGCAAUGAAUCGUUACGCGAUAGUUUCGGUAAACAUUUGCCGACCGACAAUAGCACUCCAUGGAUUGCGCUUAUAAAGCGUGGAGGCUGUGACUUUGAGAAGAAAAUUUUAAAUGUUUAUAGGGAGAAAGCUGUGGGCGUCAUAAUCUAUAAUAAUAUCAGUGGCCAUGAACUCAACUACAUGAAAAUUACAAAGAAAGAAUUAUUGGAAGGCAACAUAACUUCUGUCUUUACACCACUUCAAAAAGGACUCACAUUAAUUGAGAAACUUAAAGCUUAUGAAAAUGUUGAAGUGAUAAUUAAAGCAGGAACGAGAAUCGAUAAACGAAAUAGUCUCAAUCAUCGUAGUUCCGUGCUCUUCGUUACGAUAUCUUUUAUCAUUGUCAUGGUCAUAUCCAUGCUAUGGCUCGUUGUCUAUUAUUAUCAACGAUUCAGAUAUCUUCAAACGAAAGAAAAUGAACAGAAAAUGGAUACAAAUAAAGCCAAAGAGGCUCUAAAGAAAAUUCCUACGAAAACAAUAAAAACCCUUUCGAAGGAACUCGAGAGUGAUUGUUGUGCUGUUUGUAUUGAAGCUUAUCGUCUUAACGACGUUCUCCGGAGUCUUCCAUGCAAACAUGAUUUUCACAAGAAUUGUAUCGAUCCUUGGCUACUGGAGCAUCACACAUGCCCCUUGUGCAAGGCACGUGUUCUCAAGCAAUUCGGCUACGUUAAUACUGGGUCACAAGAAUCAAUAAUUCAGCUUGAUCUUGAUGAUGAAGAAGACAGUGAAACGAGCCCAGCUGGCCAAAGGCGUCGCUAUAGUGUUUCUCCUAUGCCUCAAAUCAGGUCGAGCGAGUCUCAGACAUCGGGUCGUUCAUCGCCUGAUUCAGAUAUGCCAGCAGAUGCAAAUGCUGCACCGCCUAUCGAUUCAAUUGUCAUUCAUAAGACGAAUGAAGCUGCAGCACGUUGUUUGACUUGCGAUGGUAAAUCCAAAAGUGACGGAUUCUCAGGAUCAGCGAGUUUACCAGCAAAGUUCAGCACUAAAUGUCCUGAAUGUAGUGAACCUAUUCAAGAUACUCAUCUUACACUUGACGUUUCCAAGAUGAAACGUCACUCGAAAGUUCGUCCAACUAUCUUGUCACCUAACUGUGAUAAUAUUCAUAGAGAUUCCGAUCUAAAUGACACUGACACUAAACAUUGACCCACGUGAAACUAAUUAACAAUUAACAAUAUCCUUUCUCCGUUUUAAACCAAUUCAAAUACUUAAAUCGAAUUUCAAUUAACAAACAAAAAAUAAAGUCGUCAACUUUUAUUAUCUCGAUAUGUACUUAGAUAACGAAGGAAACAUUUCUGCUUGAUUAAUAAUUAGAUAAAAUCUAGUCUUCAAUUUUAAAUCUCUCUUAUCACUUUCCUGAUGAAAAUAAAAUCAAAACAAAAAGAAUGAAACUUUUAAUCCAAUUCAAUUAGCGUUUGAGUUCAAAUGAAAUAAUUAGAACAAUAAAAAUCUUUUAAAGAAACCAAAUGAGGCAAAAAAGCUUUCAAUGAAAGUUUGAUAAAACAGUUCAAGAUUAAAAUAGUCUAAGAAUGUUCACUGUAAUCAUUACAUGUAAUGUUUUAUGAAGACUUUCACUGUUUUUAAAAGCUUUCUGUAAAAUUAAAGGGAUGAACAAAGAAAAACUCCAAA